CAUAACCUGGCACUUUUUUAGCUUGGGCGCAGUUUUUUUUUCUCAAAAUUAUAGCGAGCUCGACACAGGCGACUUCUCGCCAGUUUUUCCGUGCUACUUCUAAGCGAGGAGUAUGGAAUCCAGCGAUUCAUUCAAUUGGGCUGUCAGAGUGAAAGAGGAGCCUGGUGAUGUGUCGAUUAACAAAAAUAAUUCUGAAAUGAAUGACGAAGAACAAGAUGUUAAAAACUUCCAACUCUUGCCAUUUCCACGAGAAAAUUCGAUCGAUACGUUUCAACAAUGUUACGUAAAACAAGAAAGUCAACUAGUUGACGAAAUGGAAAUACUUGUUGAAUGUCAAGGCGUCAAGCCCAAUAUGGAUUCAUUGGCAGUCAAGAAAAUUGAAGAAGACUCUCAAAAUUUCUUCAAGGGCAUGAAGUACAAUGAUGUUUAUAAAACUCAAAACACGAUUAAAAUGGAACCCAAGGAGGAAGUACAACAGGCAUCUUUUGUGAACACUGCAGAAGAAUCGAAUUUGAAUUCAGACUGUAAACGUGGUGAAGAAAAUAAAACAAGAAAAAUAACAAAAGAGUUGAACAACAAACUUAACCUCAAAAGAAACCAAGGUGCGAUGCAUAUAAAUGAUAUAACUUACAUGUGUGAAACACGCGGAAAAUAUUUCUCAGCUAUGGGCAAUCUGAACAAGCAUGUCAUAUCAAUGCAUCAUGGUAUUACCCACUCAUGUGAUCAAUGCGGAAAGUCUUUUACUCAAAAAGGUAAUCUCAAAGGCCACAUUGAUGCAGUCCACAAGCGUUUCACACCUUCAUGUGAUUUAUGUGGAAAAUCAUAUAGAUAUAAGAGUCAUGUUCAAAGACACAUCGAUUCGGUACAUCGCAAAAUAACGUAUGGAUGUGAUGUAUGUGGAAAAUCAUUCAGAUAUAAGAAUCAUAUCAAAACCCACAUAGAAUCGGUGCAUAGUAAAAUCACGCAUCCAUGUGAUAUAUGCCAAAAGACAUUCACACAGAAAACGAAUCUCAAAGUCCACAUCGAUUCGGUGCAUAAUGGUGUCAGUCACGCAUGUAACACUUGCGGAAAUGUUUUUAAACGAAGAGGCAAUCUCAAAACUCACGUCGAUGUGGUGCAUCAUCAUAUCACGCAUCCAUGUGAUAUGUGCCAAAAGACAUUCACACAGAAAACGAAUCUCAAAGCCCACAUCGAAACGGUGCAUAAUAAAAUUACGCACACAUGUGAUAUUUGCGGAAAGAAGUUCACAAAGAAAGGUAGUCUCAGAAAUCACAUCGAUUCGGUGCAUAAUGGUGUCAGAUUUGCGUGUGAUGUAUGCCAAAAUACAUUUUCACACAAGGGUUAUCUAAAAAAACAUAUUGAUUUAGUGCACAAUCAAAUCCGACAUGCAUGUGAUAUAUGCCAAAAGACAUUCUCAGUCAAGAGUACUCUUAAAAUACAUAUCGAAUCGGUGCAUAAUGGUGUCAGACAUGCAUGUGAUAUUUGUGGAAAGAAGUUCACAAAGAAAGGUAGUCUCAGAAAUCACAUCGAUUCGGUGCAUAAUGUGGUGCAUAAUAGUGUCCGACAUCCGUGCGAUAUAUGCCAAAAGACAUUCUCAGACAAGGGUUACCUCAAAAAGCACAUCGAUUCGAUGCAUCGUAAAAUGAGGCAUGCAUGUGAUAUAUGCCAGAAGAUAUUCACACAGAAAACGAAUCUGAAAACCCACAUGGAUUCGGCGCAUCAUAAAAUCACGCAUUCAUGUGAUAAAUGCCCAAAGACAUAUUCAAACAAGAUUAGUCUCAAAAAACACAUCGAAUCGGUGCACUAUAAAAUUACGCAUCCAUGUGAUAUUUGCGGAAAGAAGUUCACAGAUAAAUGUAGCAUUAAAAGACACAUCGUUAGAAUGCACAAAAGUGAUCUAUCUACGUGAUGAAAAAUCAAAAACAAGGGCUACUUCAAAUACCACAUAGACUCGUGAACGUUCACUGAAGGAUCAUCUCAUGUACCGCAAUAAUCAAAUUCAAGCUUGCAUCAAUUGCCCUAAAUUUUACGAGAUUUGUUUCGUGGUUUACUAACGUUUAUCAGAGCUGG